AUGGGUGGUUUAAUGGCAAGAUAUAUCAAAAAAGAGAGGAAAGCCACCGAUAUCGUGUCCCGAUUAGACCAGCAAAGGAAUAACUUACUAACGUAUCAGAAGCAAAUUGAGCCUACUCUAGAAAUGCAUCGGCAGCUUGCAAAACAGCUGCUAAAUGAAGGUAAACGCGAGGAAGCGAAGACAGUUCUAAGGAAGAGACGAUACCGUGAGCGACUAUUACGAAGUUCUAACGCCCAGCUAGAUAGAAUAGAUCAGUUAGCUAACGAUCUCCAGUUAGUGUGCUCACUCAAAGAGGUGUCCCAAUAUGGACAGAACAAAAUAAAACGAGGCAAGUGGGGAUCCAUCAUAAAAAGAAAAUUUAAAAAGCCACAACAUACUCAUAAUCCUGAUUCACGAAAGCAACUGGGAAAGCCCGUUGAAGAGGACAUUGAAAUUCAGGUCCUCGAUGUUUUUAGUAAAAAGGAAAGAAAAAUAAGUCGAAAAAUAUAUACUAAAGCUAAAAAGGGAAUCCAAAAACAGAAAGAAAUCGAUAAAGCUAUGAUGCUUUCUUUUAAAUUAGAAACGGGAGACGAAGAGGCAGUGCAUGAAGAGCUGGAAGCCAUUAUGAAUGGCAGCUACCAAUUGCCUGACAUCGAUCAGGAUGUUAGUCAAGUAGAAUCGCCUAUCGACGUUACUGCCGACAUUGUUGUUAGUGCUUAA